AUGUUCUUCUCAACAGCUUCAGUUGCGACUUUGCGCAAGUCGGUCACUGGAUUAUCGCGCAGGAUAUCCAGACAACGGAGGGAUUUACUAACCCUCGCAAUUGAGACAUCAUGUGACGACACAUCAGUAGCGAUCGUCGAAAAGACCAGUGAAUCACCUCUUGUGAAUAAAGCCAAAAUCCACUUCCUCGAGAACAUAACCUGCGACUCGCGAGCACACCGCGGCAUCCACCCUGUCCUCGCCCUCGAAUCCCAUCAAGAGAACCUUGCGAACCUCGUCGAUAAAGCUCUCGGAUACCUACCAGCCCCCAAAAAUGGAGAAAAAACAAUCAGUCUCAGAGAUGGAUCGAGUCGCCGGCGACCGGAUCUCAUCUCAGCUACUAGAGGACCUGGGAUGCGUUCGAAUCUUUUCGUCGGACUCGAUACUGGGAAGGCUCUCUCGGUUGCAUGGCAAAUACCUGUGGUAGGAGUUCACCAUAUGCAAGCGCAUCUAUUGACUCCUCGACUGGUCUCUUGCAUGGAAUCAGGAAACAAUGAAUCCACGACAUCGGGGGCCAUAACACCCGAGUUCCCGUUUCUGUCUAUUCUUGUUUCGGGUGGACACUCAAUUCUGGUACACUCGCAGUCUCUCACAGAUCACAAGAUCUUGGCUUCUAGCGAGGAUGUCGCAAUUGGUGAUACUUUGGAUAAGGCCGCCCGUGAUAUCGUACCUGCUUCUCUGCUGCAAGAGGCUAAGAGUACAAUGUAUGGCAAGACUUUGGAACAAUUUGUCUUCCCGAAUGGCCCUACGGAUUUCGCCGACUAUCGUCCGCCACUUAAUCGCGGAGAGGAGGUUAUCAAGAAACAGAGCCCGUGGGGUUGGAGCCUUACUACGCCGUUUGCUAAUACUAGGGCACUGCGGCUUAGUUUCUCAUCAGUGGCGAGUACGGUUAACAAGAUUGUCUCCGCUCGAGAGGACCAACUAUCUCACGAGGAGCGCGUCGAUCUUGGACGAGAGGCGAUGCGUAUUUCUUUCGAGCAUCUUGCGUCACGGACUAUCAUUGCACUCGAGAGUCUUCGGUUGAGACACCGUGAUGAAGAAGAGAUCAAGACACUAGUUGUUAGUGGCGGUGUCGCGGCCAACAGAUUCUUAAUGGCUGUGCUUCGAUCAUUCCUGGAUGUUCGAGGAUUUGACCAUAUCAAGAUUGUUGCACCGCCUCCGAGUCUAUGCACGGAUAAUGCAGCCAUGAUUGGAUGGGCGGGCAUUGAGAUGUUUGAGGCCGGAUGGCGAUCUGAUUUAAGCUGUCGUGCUCUUCGGAAAUGGACACUUGAUCCUGAAGCCGAAGAUGGAGGAAUCCUAGGUCCGAAUGGAUGGAUUCGAGACGCCGAGUCAGCUCAAUGA